CAUUUUGCAAUGAAAUUAAAAGCGACUUCGUGGAUUAUUAAAUUAUGGGUUUAUAAUUGCAGACACUUUACAACCAAAGUUGAACCGGUCAAUGUAGCGUACAGAACGUUCGAGGCAACCCAACAAGUCUCGACACCACCUCCCCCCGUCAUAAUUUUACACGGUCUGUGCGGCACCAAGGAUAAUUGGAGGUACUUAGCCACAAAAUUGGUAAAACGAACGAUACCGCAACGUAAAAUAAUCACCACCGAUAUCCGAAACCAUGGCGAAAGCCCCCAUGUUAUGGAGCACACCUAUCUUCACCUAGUCGAAGAUGUCAAGCAUCUGAUGAAACACCUUCACAUUAAAAAGGUUGCGCUCAUGGGCCAUUCUAUGGGAGGACGGGCCGCCAUGUACUUCGCGUUACUAAACCCACCUUUAGUCGAGAAAUUGAUAGUAGUCGACGUUUCGCCAGUUAAUCACCCUCAGUUUCACGAAUUCGACCUAAUCGGUAACCUUCUAAAGGCGAUGCGUAAGGUGACGUUCCCGUCGAGCGACCUCAACAAGGUCGAUGUACGCCGAUCCAUAGAUCGGCAACUGGCGGAGAAGGGAGUUAGGGGCAAGCAUCUGCGAGCCUUCCUGAUGACGAACAUAAUCAAGAAACCAGACGGAACGUACGGCUGGCGUAUAAACCUCGCCGCGCUCGUGCCGAACUUCUUCGAGCACGUUCGUAAAUUUCCGAACGUCGACGGUAAGUUGUUCGACAAACCCGCUCUGUUUAUAGCCGGAGGGAACUCGGAUUUUCUGCCUAAGAGCGAUCACGAGACUGUGCGGACGAGGUUUCCCAAGGCGCAGUUCGUUGAAGUGGCCGGCGCCGGUCAUUGGGUCCAUUCUGAGAAACCGAAGGAGAUGGUGCUAACUUGCGCCGCCUUUUUAAAUUCCAAAUAA